AUGACUUUUGAAUAAAACUACACAGAAAUACAUAUUUCAGAAUCAGAGAAGACCAGGUUUCAGGUCUUAUCAUAUUGAGGUAAUUCAGAAAGGCCUGAAAAUGGCUCCAGUAACUUUAACAGGCCAUUUGGCAACUAAAAUUAUACCUAAAAAUGGAUACAUGAGUAUUGUUUACAUCAAGUCUGCGCAGUAUAGCAGUGAAGGAAAACUCAAUUUGGCCGCUUACAAGAGAGGAACUGGUGGUCGUAGUAGCUUCAAUGGAGUUGUGGCGACUGUGUUUGGCUGUACAGGGUUUGUGGGGCGGUAUGUUUGCAACAAGCUUGGCAAAACAGGUACCCAGAUGAUAUUGCCUUAUAGAGGUGACUUCUAUGAUGCGGCAAGAUUGAAAGUUUGUGGUGAUCUUGGUCAAGUUUUGUUUACACCGUUUCACUUACAAGAUGACAAAUCCAUUGCUAAAGCAGUCCGUUAUUCGAAUGUUGUAAUUAAUCUUAUAGGUAGAGACUAUGAGACUAAAAACUUUAAGUUUAAUGAUGUACAUGUUGAUGGAGCCAGGCGUCUAGCAAGAAUCAGUCGAGAAAUGGGGGUAGAGAGAUUUAUCCAUUUAUCUUAUUUAAAUGCUGAUGAACAUCCAACUCCUCUUGUUAUGAAGAAACCAUCCAUGUAUAAAAUCAGCAAGUACUUGGGUGAAUGUGCUGUCAGAGAGGAGUUUCCUACUGCAACAAUUCUUAGAGCUUCUGAUAUCUAUGGUUCAGAAGACAGAUUCUUAAGAGCUUUUGCUUCUCUUUGGCGCAUUCAUAGCCAUAUCAUGUCACUGUAUAAGAAUGGUGAAGCGACAAUUAAGCAACCAGUGUAUGUUGGUGAUGUGGCCCAAGCCAUCCUGAAUGCUGCCCGCGACCCUGACACCAGAUGUUUGACAUAUCAAGCGGUUGGACCUAAACGUUAUCUACUACGUGACCUUGUUAUCUGGUUCUACCAACUAAUGAGAAAAGAUGAGAAUUGGGGAUUCCGCCUGGUGGAUAUGAAAUACGACCCUCUUUUACCUCUGAAGAUUAUGGUGGUUAACAUGAUAUCACCUGCCUAUCCAUUUGGAAACCUGCACUGGGAAAGCUUGGAAAAGGAAGCUACUACGGACGUUCUUGUAAAAGGAAUGCCUACACUAGAGGAUCUUGAAGUCACCCUCACAAACAUGGAAGACCAGGUUCCAUGGGAAUUGAAGCCCUACCGUGCCUAUCAGUACUACAUUGACAAACUUGGAGAGUUCCCUAGACCCCCUCCUCCAAAAGUUCAACCAGCAUAUUAAAAGAAAAUGCUAAAAUAUAUAUUUCAGUCAAAAGUUGUAUAUGUCAAACCUGAUCCAUGUGAUACAACUCUGUAGAAUGUUUAAAUGAAUAAAUUAUGUUUCGUUUUAUUAAA